AUGACAACAGCAUUUACAAUAUUAGAAAAUAAAGAAAAUCCAUCGAGAAAAAACUAUAUUCUUUUUUUAUUAUUAAUUAUAUUCAUUCUUCUUAUCUCGACAAUCACAUUUGCUAUUUUGUUAUUCAAGAAUUCAUCUUCGUCACGAGUAGCCAGUCGAUAUGUUGCCGACAACGAUGAUAUUGAUAAUCCAUCAUCACUUUCUAACAAUGAAAACUAUGUUCAAUGGACAAUCUUACAGAUGAACGAUGUUUACGAACUGUUACCAUCAGGUGGAGGAAAUAAAGGUGGACUCGCUCAUGUGGCUUAUUUGAGAGAUUCGUUAUUAAAAGAAAAUCCACAUACUUAUACAGUUCUAUCUGGUGAUUUCCUUUCGCCAUCUCCACUAAGUCUCGCAAUUGUUAAUGGAACAAGACUGAAUGGUAAACAAAUGAUUGCUUCUUUCAAUACAUUGGGACUUGAUUUCGUUACGUUUGGUAAUCAUGAAUUUGAUUUAAGUGAAAUCGAAUUAAUUAGAAGAAUGAAUGAAUCAACAUUUACUUGGAUAAGUUCAAAUGUGUUUGAUCCUCAUACAAACACGUCAUUUGCUUCAAGUAUUCCAUACAAACUGAUAACCAUUCGUCACGUUCGAAUUCUUCUUAUUGGUUUAACAACUGCUAAAAAUCCAGUGAACUAUACUCGUGUAGUAAACGAAACAUCUCUUGUUCCAUUCGUUCAACAGUUUCUUCAAUCCCUGACUACUGUUCAUUAUGAUGUACUUAUCGCAUUGACACAUUUAGAUGUAGCAAACGACAUUAUACUCGCACAAAACAUUCCACAAAUCGAUUUGAUUCUCGGUGGACACGAACAUGAGAAUUAUUUCUUAUUGCGAGGUGCAAAAUUUACACCAAUAUACAAAGCUGAUAGCAAUGCAGUCACUGUUUUCAUUCAUCGAUGCGCAUUUAAUCUCAAAGCAAAAAAAUUCCACGUUCAUAGUAAAUUAACAAAAAUUACUUCGGAGAUGAAAUAUCAAGAGAAAACAUUCGAAAUAACCAACUAUUGGUUCAACUUAGGUAUGCAGUCUUUCAUCGAAAUGGGUUAUCAACCAAACGAGACUGUUUCAUGUUUACCUAAUAGUAUUGAACUCGAUGGUCGAUCAUCAUCCGUACGAAACUAUCCCACUCGAUUAACAGAAUACUGUUGUCAAGCACUGCUUGAAUCAACAAAACAAGAUACGACGGUUGUUGCGCUGUUCAAUUCAGGAUCAAUUCGAAUUGACGAUAUUCUACAAGGAAAAAUUACUCAAUAUGAUAUUUUACGCACAUUACCUUUCUUUAAUAAAUUAGUUACACUUUCCGUUCCCGGUCAAAUUCUCGCGAAGGUUCUGAGUGAAGGCGUAUCAUUGAGAGGUAAUGGAAUGUUUCUUGCUUAUGAAGGUAUCGCAACAUUCGAUGAAGGAAAAACGUGGCUUCUUAAUGGUACAGACAUUUCGAAAUCAAAAGAGAAUUAUAAUAUCGUAACGCUUGAUUACGCAAGAGAAAACACAGGAUUAAAUGAUCCAGCAGUGACUAUCAUUCACAAUUAUGAUCUAUUACACACAAAAGCUUUGUUAAAUUAUUUACGUAUGAUCUAUCCACCUUGUUAA